UGUGACGAGGAAAAACGGCUCCUGGGGCCUAGAGCUCCGCCCACUUUCUUGAGGUUUUCAAACAGGUCCGCCACCAGAGAAUAUAAACCCUGGGCUAAAGCUCCUCAUUACCGACUGCUUUUCGGUCUUGAAGCACAGUUCUUGAUACGAUGUCUGGUCGAGGUAAAGGUGGCAAAGGGCUGGGAAAAGGAGGCGCCAAGCGCCACCGUAAGGUUUUACGGGACAACAUCCAGGGCAUCACGAAGCCGGCCAUCCGCCGUCUGGCCCGCCGCGGUGGUGUCAAGCGCAUUUCUGGGCUCAUCUACGAGGAGACCCGCGGAGUGCUGAAAGUGUUUCUGGAGAACGUGAUCCGCGACGCCGUGACCUACACGGAGCACGCCAAGCGCAAGACGGUCACGGCCAUGGAUGUGGUGUAUGCGUUGAAACGCCAGGGCCGCACCCUCUACGGCUUUGGUGGCUGAGCUCGUCCUGCGGCUUUUCUCCAGGUUUCAAAAGGCCCUUUUUAGGGCCCCCAAGACGUCAAGAAAAGAGCAGACACUACUUACCGUGUAAAUACCGACUUCAAGUGCAGAUACGCGCCUUAGAUGAGGCGCUCUGAACGCCAUUACCAUAUAAAUGUUGGCUUUAAGUGCAAAUACGCGCCUUGGACGAAGCGCUCUGAACGCCGUUAGUAAGAAACGGUUCGAAGCAUCUGCUCCGGCCGCUGUCUCCGGUUUAGAGGCUUUAGGCUUGGGAGGAGGGGAGGUGUGGACAGUGGAGCUGUGGGGGGACUCAACACCACGCGCUUGGGACGCAGCUUGGGAAGAGGGGCGCAGGGCAACAGUGACUUCUCUCUACAUAGAAGCAGACGCCUGCCUCCUGGCUUGCUUUUGGAUUCCGCUUGGGAGAAGACAGCAUCUACGUUAGGAAACCCAUUUCUCAUGAGCAGUGGACGGCUUCUAAGCAACUAAGGCCUCUGUCCCUGAAGCUAUAUGUAGUGGCUUCUAUGUAAAUCAGGGGAGCGGCAUUCCCGCUUCCGAUUGGACAGGAGGGCGCCGCGUCGGAGCGCCGCAGCCGGGCCGGCCUCUGAGAGCGCGGGGCUGGGCCUGUCCCAGCGCCCAAUAGGGAAGCGCCGCUGCCGGCGAGUCAGUGCGAAAUGCCGUCCGAGGGUGGCGCGCUGGUGUCCUGCCGGGCGUGGAUAGGUGAUUUCUUCGCGGACGGUUUGAGUAAGGCCCCCGAGCUCAGACGCUGACUGUAGGGUGGUGAAGUGCGGGCCAAGGCCAAGACCAGGCCGAAGCUCGCGGACCCCGUGCGGCCCAUGAGUCGGCUGCACAAAGUUGGCUGCGCGGAGCAGUUCUUUCAAAAUGGAAAUCAGCCACCCAGUUCAGCACCCACAGUCCCUUGGGAUCCCCCUAAGAAAGCAGUGGAUGGGUCUCCAGAAACUGGUUUUGUCAAGGAUUCCUGUAUUCAGCCACUAUGAGAGAUUGCCUCCUGGUGCCUCUGGAAUCCAUAGAAACUAGGGAUGUUGAUGACUAGCAGUUGAAGGGACUGCUGUCAUGAGGAGCUCAAUGGAGCCACGAUUCUGCUUGGAGAAGAACCUGGUACCAAAUGGAAGCAAAAUACCAGGUUUGAUUCUAACUUUAUUCUUAAAAUAGAUCUUAAAUAGAAAGUUAUUUAUGUCUUUCCUAUGAAAUAACAUGUGUUUUCGAGUGCUUCCCAUAAUUAUAAUUUACUCAAAUAUUUUUUUACAUUUGAAUCCUGUUUUGUUACUUUUCCUUCCAUUCAAACAGAUAUUAGUAAUUUCCUCAAAGAUAUGAUUUAGCACUUGGAUGUGACUAACACUGACUAGGAAGCUUUUUUCCUUGAGGUUUUAAGAUUCAAGUAUAGAAAAUAAUAUACCAAAAAAAAAAAAGAAUAUACAAUAUGUGAGAACUACAAUGGCAGUAAGUUGAAAGUAUACUAGAAAGAAAGAUUAGGUAACUACUUUCUCUGAAACUGGCAGUACAGGGAGGCAGAAAAAUAUAUGGUUGGAAGAAAUUUAAAAUUUUAGAAGUUAGAUGAGUAGUAGGUAUACAAUUUGGAAGACCAUAAAUAAGACAGAAAGUACUGAAAGCAUCGUAUUGUUUGUGAUUAUGAGUGUAGCCUUGCACAGCAGAGGAUUUACAGUAUUGGAAGUGAGAAUAAAGAGUGUGACCAAUGAGUACACCUGUCUUGGGAAAAUAUGUGACAGACCAACGGUCUUUGUGAGAGACCAAUCAAUAAUUACGUUUGAAGAUAGCCUUUUGAAUUGAUUCAUAUUAUUGAUAGCAAGUCUGAAUAUUUUCUUUAUUGCCCAUGAGUAAAUAGAAUUGGAAUAAAGUAAGAAAGAUAUUUAUAGAAGCAAGAGAAGAAGACAACCAUUAUUUCACAUGUAAAAUCAUGAAGCCUAAAUCAGAAUGACACUUAGGCAUUAUGCAUGAAGAUAAUAUGGUUUUCCUUUCAAGCAUGACUGUUUUUUCCUGGGUCCUGGGAAAACAAAGACUUUCUACUCCAGGAUCAUGAGUGAGCAAAACAUAACUGUGACCACUAAAGGGAAAGGAAAGCUUUUGAUUUCUUGCGAAGUGUAAGUCAUUGAGCGGAAGAAGGUGCUGGAAGCUUUUUGGUUCCCAUAUCUAAAGAGGCCAGUUUCCCCCAGGAAGCCAACAGGGAAGAAAGUUCUUUGGUCUGUAUGCUUUCUUCCUCUGAAACAUUUUCAUCUUCAAUAUUUUCCCAAACAUUUGAGAUUCAACACAGUAUUAGUUAGGUAAUAUCAUUUGAAUUUUAUUUUUGAUAGAAAUUUGCUUAUUUCUUCUCUACUGGCAUACCUUUAUGACCUCUACAUUCUUCCUCUUUUACCUCUUCUUUCUUGAACUUCACAUCCUGUUAGAAUUCUCUUUAACCUACAAAACAUUAGGUUUGGCCUGACCUUAAAAUAUCAAGAGACUUUGUUUCGUAUGCAUUGCUGAAGGCUACGACAGGAUGAAGUGCAGUUAGGUGCUCUAAUUUGUCUCCUGGUUGGUUCUCUACUGAAGAAAAGGAGGUAUAAAGAGAAAGGGCUUCCAUAUUCAGGGAGCCCUGUGAGAAUCUGUUGGACCCAGUUAACUGUUUCGCCUGUCAUUCAUGGUUAUGUAUUACAGUGUAUUGGCAUUAAUGCUGAGUUGCCUAAGAGUAAUGAAUCCGUGAUAUCGACUAGAUGGCAUCCUUCUCACAUUGUUUGUCUCCUUUUCUCAGAUCCGGUUCUAUCAAAAUGGAAGCUAGCCACCCAGUCCAGCACUACAAGACCUUUAGGCCUGAGAAGGCAGUGGAUGGGUCUCUAGAAACUGACUUUGACAAGGGCUCCUAUAUUCAAACAUGACUGGAGGCUGACCCCUGGUGGAUGGUAGACCUGGGAUCUCUGUACGCUGGAAAUGGUGGUGAUUAUCAACCUAAGGGAGUGCUGUCAGGAGGAGCUUAACAGAACCAUGACAAAUGGGAGACUCAGCUAGUAAUCGUGAGAAGUUAAAUUUUAAGGAUAGAAGGAAAAUUACUUUUGAAAGAUGAUCAAAUCCAUGUGUUUUUUGUUGUUGUUGAUCUAAGGAAAGUUUUUUAAUUAAACCCAUUUUUUUAAAAGUCA